AUGUUACGCAACAAUGCCGAUGCUUACCGACGCUUAUAUUUCGAGCUUGGGCUACCUGUGAUUAAUGCCUCUGAAAAGACACCUCAGGUAAAACGUGGGUCCAUUUAAAAGUCAAGUCAUCAGUUCUCAACAUUAACGAUUGAUCCUUUCUAAGUUAUUGGGUUUUAUAAUAAUACGUCAAAGUUCUCAGUCCCUGGGGGUUUUUACUGCAGAGCUGAACUAAUUUGUAUGUAACGGUGGGCUUGUUAACUCGCAUAAUUAACUGACUACUGGCAGGUGAAACGCUUAGACUUUAAUAGUUUUCAUUUCCUCGAGACAGAAAGCAGAAAGCGGUUUUGUAAUAGUCAGACAGAAUUCAAAUGGAGAGUUUUAGGCUCCACUUUGUGUAUGUGUGUGUGUUUUGUUUAUAUAUCUAAGUUUUAGCGCUAAAUAAUAAGAAGACAUAAGCUAAAUUGACAUAGAGAGUUUUCAGCUCCACUUUGUGUAUGUGGUUUGUUUAUAUAUCCGAUUUUGAGCGCUAAAAAAGAUAUAGUAAGCCUUUUCUCGCGUUGCUAAGUAAUCUCUCCGGCUGUUAGUUCCAAUAGCCGAGCAUACGCCACUGGGAUCUACUCAGCGGGAAUUAAAAUAGACUGGAUCAAAAGUUCCCAUUCUAGGGUCUGGGGACAAGCGUCCAAAAGAGCUUGAAGCUCAUCAACGUUGGUAAUAAAGGCCAUGGUGAUAAAAAGUUAAUAAACGUUUUCUCAAACACACGAACUCGAACAAAUUGCUCCUAAAAAAACCAUUGCAAGAACGAUAGCGCUUUCGAAAUCUACCCGCUUUUAUGUUGAACAAAUCAUAUGUCCUACAAGAGUCAAUCAGGGUUAAAAAGAACCGGGCAAGCCUAUUGUGCCUAUUGUAGUAGAGAAACGCUCAUUACAAAUGGAAGUAGGCACUUAAUUAGUUUGGAGGAACACAUUUUUAGGCACAUAAUUAAUAUACAGGAAGGAACUAAAUUUGUAUGCAGGACGACACUUACACAUAUUAAUAAAGAGAAGGCAUACGGAGGGCAGGGGAAGGUACCAAACAAGAGUAAAAUAACCCUAUAUCACUACUAUCAUUAUUAUGAUUCUUUUUUCCUUUUAAAAUUUCUUAACUAUGGUAAAGUGGUAAAUUUUUCAAAAUUAAGUCUUCUUUAUCCUAACCUCUUGUUCAUUGUCUAAAACAGCAUAUUAUUCAUUCAAGUGACCGAUCCCGUGGCCAUGAAUUUUAUACUUAAUUAAAACACCUUAAAACUUACCUGCCCGUUGUUAGAAGAAUUUCUUGCUUUACAGACUGUUUUAAACCAAGCAACUUGCUAUAAAUGGCCCCUCUGGAUUAUGGCCUCUCUCCAGGAACCAAAUUUUCGGAUGUUACCAUUUAAGGGGAACUCCGCCCCUCUGAGCAUAUUCCUUGAUAUAAUUGACAGAAUGGCUAGCGGAUGCUUCUGCUUUAAGUUAAUUUAUUAGGAAAGACUGUAUUACAUACAAAAUUGGCCAAAUUUCCUAUCAAAAUGUUAUUAGCAAGGGUUUUCUAAUACGUAAAGAGACAAAAAGCAAUGAAGAUGAAAUCAUUUGACGUUUUGGCGUCGUCAUGAAGCCAUUAAAUUUUUACUAUAAACUACCAGGAAGUUGGCUGAAGAUCAACGAGUAAAAAUUAAUCAAUGUGACGCAAAUAUUUUGGCUCGAAUUGAGUCCAACUGGACAUUAAGAGGCAUCGUCAGUUCCCUAAUUAGCAACAUUUCGUGCAGUAAAAUCGACCCUUGUUUUUCAACCAAUUUCAAUAUGUACAACUCUUAAGAAAAUAAAUAAUAUGAUAUAAUGCAAACCUUAAAAGCUGUAUAAAGUUCAUGGAUUUAACCACCACCUCAAAAUUGCCAAAGAGAAAUGCGUUGAUUGAAUUUUUGAAAAUUUCUACAAAUUCAAUAGUGAGCAGUUAUAAUAGGAUUCUCCCCACCCUCCUCAGUCUGCGGGCUAGUCUCAUUUGUAAUAUUCACAAUCCACACUUGUUCCACAAAUGCGACCCUGCUUCCUGAAUUGCGCGCCCGCCUAGUAUUUCCAUCAUCCUACUUUUAAUAAAAUGCCUGAGGUGGAACUAAGAUUAUACAAGAACCUAUAAUUCACAGGGAAAAUAUUGCUGAUAUGUGCAGGUGCGAUGCCGUGAAUGGCUUUCAAAAUUAACAAUAGAAUCUUGAAAUGUAUGCGCGUUUGCACUGGUAGCCAGUGUAACUCGUAAAGUACUAGAAUGAUGUGAGAAUACUUCCUAAAACCUUUAAUAAUCUAGUGGCAGCAUUUUGCACGCGUGGCAACUUAGCUAUUUUUUCUUUGGGGAGGCCCAUACAGUAAGCUUUAAUUUACAGUAAGUAUAGGGCUCGUGUAGAAAGCCUUUACCAGAGUAAGUACGCUUCUACUAUUUGUAUGACCUUGCAUAAUUUUAUACGUUAAUCGUUAGGCAGCUAUUUCUGAUAGCUUAGUUUCAAGAUUGUGUGAACUUGAAAUUUAGCGUCAUGACGACACUGAAACGUCGUUCGUUCGUUUUAUCUUGCUUGUGUAUCAAAGUAUCAUUUAAAAAAAAAACUUUCAUUAUUCUACAACUUGACGAGCAGCAAAACUACUUGACGUUAGUACAGUUGAUCUAAAGAAACAACUUUUAACUCGUUUCCUACGAACUGAAUUUGAUCAGCCCGGCUAACAUUCUUAUGCUCUUCCUUGGUGCCUUAGUAACACAAUCAUGAUCGUAUCGUGAAUAACCGAGUGUCAGGAUCUAUUUCUACUGACUGACGUGAAGUGACUAUAAGCAGCUUUAAGACCACUGUCAUUGAUAUCUCACCAUGCAAUUCAAAGCCGCACAAAGACCGAGAAACCUCAAUAUACUCAAUAUGAUCAUUCGCUUGUAAGGUCAAGUGUGAAAUUGUCAAACACAUGCAGCUGGGAUAAAAAGAAAGCUGCACACAAAUGAUCAAAAUUGAUCAUAGCGGUGCUCUCGCGCACGAAGCGCGCGCAGCGGAGCACCAUGGGUAAAAAAAUUUGGUAAACUACCCAUCCAAGAGAAUUUGGUAAUCACGUGAUCGUACACCGACCGACCGAACGACCGUCCGUCCGCACCACAGGUAUACCAAUGUAAAAAAACUCAAUAAACAGGUAUGGCAACCCAAAUGCAACUCGCAUAGCCACCCGCGUCUUGUGAAGCAGAGACAACUAAAGAGUCGAAAAGGGGAAAUUGUCUCUGUAUCCGUAUUUUCUAAAGUAUUAAGCUCAGAAUAACUGUCAUGUCCACAAAUUUGGAAUAUAGAGCAAGAGAAAGACAGAGAAAAAGAGAAAGUAGGCGGCAGGCCAGCGAAGCUCAACGAGAAAUACAGCGACAGAGAUCUAGAGCGAGAGAUGAAAAACAAAGAAGACAUUUUUUUGUUGGAAUUUUCUUCCAACGAAAGCGGUGGUGACAAAAUGAGAAAUGCCAGCGGUCACCAAUGCAAGAUGAAAUUAGCGGCAGUGAGAAAAAAAGUGAACGAGAAAACGUAUGACAUUUCCUCAAUAAAACGUGUGACUAAGAGGUUUCAGUAAGUUUCACGUUGUAGUUGUGCAAAGCAACUGCAAAGAAAUGUACAAAAAAAGUGUGCUGCAUGUGCAAAGUUGCUUUUUUGCUAAUUAGACUUACGGUUGUCUUUCACCGUUCUCAGGCGUUGUCUUCGCCGCUUAGCAUUACCAGAUUUUAUAUUUUGUUUGAACAAACUAUAAAUAUUAUCAUCGAGAGCUUCGCUCUUAGUCCUGGGUAAAUCUAUAUAUUAAGAUACAUGUAUAUUUGUUGAAAAUUAGUCAAGUAUCUGUCAUUUUUGGCAGUGGUUUCGCUACUGCACGCAUAUUUAGCUCAUUGUUUAAAAUUAACCAAGCCCAUCGUUGUGCACCUAAAUCUGGUCUUAAUUGUGCUCUUUAACUGCGAAAUUUCAAUCAUCCCUUCUAAGAGCUCCCUCGGGCUCUGACCGCAUUUUCGCGUGCUCGAAUUCUCCUCCCUCCCUACCCUGGUAAGUUAUCAGUCAACCUCAUUUAGACAAUCUCAUUAGUGAAUUGGUUCUGGUGCAGCUUUAAGAAAUAGACCUAUUCGGCUAACUCAAUGUUGUACCCAAUUCAAACCCUUUGGGGAUAAAACGUUUUGUUUCAGGAAUUUCCAUAUCAUUUAAAUGUGAAUGCCACAUUAUAAUGCAAAUACAAUACACAAAGAAUCUUAACCUCAGGAGAUUUGAAUUGGGUACAACAUUGAGUUAGCCGAAUAGGUCUAUUAAGACCCUGUUUACAUGGAGUGGGGAACCCCGGUCUAGUGGGGUGGGUUUCUUUUGUUUUGUGUGCCCCAGAGCGUGAAAACAAAAGAAGCCAACCCCACUAGACCGGGGUCCCCCACUCCAUGUAAACAGGCCCUUAGUCACUACAAAAUGUAGAUUAUAUAAAUAACGAAACGCCUAAAAGUUGUCCCCUUGGGCAUGCAUUGGUGUAUACAGGCAUAAAAUCCUUCUUGAUAAAGGUUAGAAAAAUGUUAUUCGAAAAGGGUUUUUUCUGUCUGCCUACAGUCCCCGUAUAAUCGCUAUUUUUGAUCUAAAUUCCGCUCAUAGAUUCUCAUAUUAAAGAGCUUUUGUACCUCUAAAUGGACCUCAGUGUUUAUCGGCAACUGUAAUUUUCCGGUUUGGGUCUCAGCGGACUCAGUUCAGCUGGGGUGAACAACUGCCCCGAAUAAUGUCCCUGCAAUGAAAAUCUAGCCUGGGCCGCAGACGUAACGUAAUCAAACCCCGGCCAGUAAGUAACGUCUGCGAAACAGCGCCCAAAUUCUUUGUUCUAGGCCUCCACCUGUGUACCAGGAUUUUAGUACGCACCAUGAUUGGCCUGUUAAACGAGCCAUAGCCAAUUUACCAAUCAUUUUGUAAGGAAAUUCGAAACACCUGGAAUAUCCAUAUUAAUGAAUUUCUUAAGAAGGCCUCUAAGAGAAUAUAUUUGUUGGUACAACUUAAGAGAGCUAAGGUUACUCGCACUAAUUUAGGGCUCUUCUACUCUAGUUGUAUUAGAUCAAUUAUGGACCAUGCAAUACUUCAAACUUCAAACUUCAAACUUCCGGUAAUUCGUUGAGUCCAUAGGGGCCAGAACAAGGCCUAUCGGCGCUGCUUCGCAGACAUUAAUAACCGGGAUUAGAUUACGUCUACGACGCAUGUAAUAAAAACCAAACCUCGAUGGAUGUUUACCAACCGCGGCAGGAUUAGCUCAAUCGGUAGAGCGCUUGACUGCCCAGCGGAAGGUCGCGGUUCGAUUCCCGGGGUCGGACCAAUACUCAGGGUCUUACAGUAACUGAGAAUAUUGUCCCGAAUAACUACUUUCGUGCUAAAAACCUUGACACUCAAAUAAAGUACAUUUCUUUUUAACAAUAUUGACGUCCUCAAAUUAUGUUUUAUUGUUGUUAGGUUGAUGUCUACAGCUUUGGUGCUCUUCUUUGCGAAAUGUGCAUCCGACAACUUCCAGAUCCUCAAAGGCGUAACGAACAAGUGGUGCUGGUAACGAACGGUGUGUUUCGUGGCCUGGUGCGGCGAUGCAUUCAAAGAGAGCGUGGGGCGAGACCAACCAUGCAGGAGAUAAUCGAUGAACUGAAGGAAUUCGAUCUAAUUUCUUAA